CUCCCAAGAUGGCCGCGCCCUGGAGCUACGGAGUGUAGGAGCAGGAAAGCAGGUUUUAUUGACAGUUGAGAAGCUGCAGGUCGCAACUUACAUCUCUAAAGAGAGACAGAGGAGAGUCUGAGAAACCUGUCAUCCCCUCAGCCCUGCCAACAUGAGCAAGGACGGUUUAAUCCUGCCUAAGGACUUCCCCCAGCUCCAGAACGACACAUUCCUACGAGCAACACGAGGAGAAGAAACUGAACACGUCCCUGUCUGGUGUAUGAGACAGGCUGGAAGAUACCUACCAGAGUUUUGUGAGUCCAGAGCAGGGAAGGACUUCUUUGAGACAUGUCGGUCACCGGAAGCCUGCUGUGAGCUCACUCUGCAGCCUCUGAGACGUUUUCCCUUCGACGCUGCCAUCAUCUUCUCUGACAUCCUGGUUAUCCCACAGGCCUUGGGUAUGGAUGUCCAGAUGAUGGCAGGUAAAGGCCCUACAUUCCCAGAGCCCCUGAAGGAGCCAGAAGACCUGCAGCGUCUGCAGGCCAAAGUGGACGUGGGCAAAGAGCUAGGCUACGUCUUCAAAGCCAUCACACUGACGAGACAUAAGAUAGAGGGCAAAGUGCCGCUCAUAGGAUUCACUGGAGCUCCGUGGACACUGAUGUCCUACAUGAUAGAAGGCGGGGGCUCCAACACCCACUCUAAGGCGAAGCGUUGGCUGUACCGACACCCUGAGGCCAGCCAUAUGCUGCUGAGGAUGCUGACAGAUGUGAUAGUGGAGUAUCUGCUGGGACAGGUGGCAGCUGGCGCUCAGGCUCUGCAGGUGUUCGAGUCCCACGCCGGCAUUCUGGGGCCAGCCGAGUUUAAAGAGUUCUCUCUGCCUUACCUUCGAGACAUCGCUCGCUGUGUCAAAGACAAACUCAAGGAGGCAGGAAAUGACGUUCCCAUGAUUGUGUUUGCAAAGGAUGCUCACUACGCACUAGAGGAUCUGUCUCAGUCUCAUUAUGAGGUGGUUGGGCUGGACUGGACCAUUGACCCACGAUCAGCAAGGGAGCAUACAGGAGGGAAGGUCAGCCUGCAGGGAAACAUGGACCCUUGUGCUCUCUAUGCUCCAAAGGAGCGCAUCUCAGAAAUCGUGAAGAAGAUGUUGGAGGGUUUCGGCACGAAGGGCUACAUCGCCAACCUGGGCCACGGCCUUUACCCCGACAUGGACCCCGAGAACGUGGGCGCCUUUGUCGAAGCUGUGCACCAGCACUCUAAACAGAUGAUCAAACAAAUGUAAAGAUGGAUGUGUCUGUGCGAACGAGUGUGUAAGCCAAGAAAUGCUGAUAAUAGAGAUGGGAAAAAUGUACAAUAAUGUAUUGUUUUAUUAAAAACUGUGAAAAGUGAUUGAAUAUAAAAUCAAUACACAACAUUCUCAUCCAGUGUAGAUGUUUAGGGUAACCAACAUGUUGGAUUUUCUGUUUAUAAUAUUUUGAUCUGACCAGGAGUGGAUUAUGUGUUAUUGGAAAGGGACGACAAGUACAUGUACAUUACAACCGCAUUUUCAGUUGUAAGGGAUUUGUAUUAAUAUUGGAUCUAUUCAAAAAUGCAGCUUGAAAAAUAAAUGUUUUUGUGAUA